UACGUGAAUCUUUUGUUCUAUCUAAUAACCUGGGAAUUGAAGUUUAAAGGAAGGAAUUCUGAAGUUGCAUCGUAGAGCUUUCUUAAAUUGCCUGGAUCUUUAUACACGUGGCUACCAACGUACCUUGAUUGACAAGUCUAGCUCUACCACGAAAGUACUUCAACUAAGGGUGAAUUUUGGAUGCCAGCUGAGUUCAUCUCCUUCCUGCCAGUAGAGGAUAAACUGUGAAACAAUUAUGUGGAAAAACAUUCCAGUCUCAUUUUGUACAUGAGUUUCAGAGAGGAUUGGCAUGGUUUUAACACCACAAGAUCAUCACUAGGAAUUAGCUGCAACCAUGAGUUCAGAGGAAAAGGGUAUAUCUCCUGCUCACAAAACAUCUACUCCAUCACAUAAAAGUGCCUCCUCUUCAUCAUCCCAGAGAGACAGUAGACAGAGCGUUCAUAUUUUGGAGCGGAAGGCUUCAUCUGGAAGUACUGAUCAAUCUAUAAGCAAGCAACUACUGGAAACAGAUCCUGUCUCUCUAUCAAAGGAGCCUGACAGCUGGGAAAUUAUAGAGGGACUGAAGAUAGGGCAGACUAACGUCCAGAAGCCAGACAAACAUGAAGGUUUCAUGCUGAAGAAAAGAAAAUGGCCUUUAAAAGGUUGGCACAAGCGUUUUUUUGUCCUGGAUAAUGGCAUGUUAAAAUAUUCAAAGUCACCAAUUGACAUACAGAAAGGCAAGGUACAUGGAAGCAUUGAUGUUGGUUUAUCAGUUAUGUCAAUUAAAAAGAAAGCUCGUAGAAUAGACCUUGAUACAGAAGAGCACAUAUAUCACCUGAAGGUGAAGUCCCAGGACUCAUUUGAUGCAUGGGUGUCAAAAUUGCGCCACCACAGAUUGUAUCGUCAGAAUGAAAUUGUAAGAUCACCAAGAGAUGCUAGCUUCCAUAUAUUCCCUUCAGGCUCUACUACAGAAUCUUCACCAGCUGCUAAUGUUGCUGUAUUAGACGGAAAGGUACAACAAAAUAGCUUCCCAUGGCAAUCUCCUAUACCAUGCAGUAAUAGCCUUCCUGCAACAUGUACUACUGGUCCAAGCAAAGUAGCAGCUUGGCUACAGGACUCAGAGGAAAUGGACAGAUGUGCAGAAGACCUUGCACACUGCCAGUCAAAUCUUGUGGAACUUAGCAAACUUCUUCAAAAUCUAGAAAUACUACAGAGAACUCAGUCAGCACCAAACUUCACUGACAUGCAGGCUAACUGUGUAGAUAUUUCAAAGAAAGACAAGAGGGGCACAAGACGAUGGAGAACAAAAAGUGUCAGCAAAGAUGCAAAAAUACAGCUUCAGGAAGGGCCAGCGCCGAAGGGUCAGUUCAGCACAACACGACGCCGGCAGAGACUAGCAGCUGCAGUGGCUACAACAGUCCCUUUCAGUGCUACAAUGUCACCAGUUCGCCUGCAUUCGUCCAAUCCCAACCUUUGUGCAGACAUUGAAUUUCAGACUCCCCCGAGCCAUGUAGCUGACCCCCUGGAAUGUUCCACAGAUUACAUCAAACUUCAAGAAGAGUUUUGCCUUAUGGCACAGAAAG